CCUCCUGCAAAAUACAGGCUUGGGAAUCCCACCUGGCAGUUCUUGCAUUUAGUCCAAACAGUUGGGGUUGAAUUAAAAGCUUUUUUUUGUUUUGUUUUAAAGGACCCUUCAGUCUUUUGGCUUUUAAAGUCCCGAGCGAUGAAGUCCUUCAGCAUUCCAGUUGAGUUGUAACUGGUCAGUCAUCCUUUACGUCUAGCACUAUGGAAAUACUGCUGGCAGUGAAGCAAGACCAGGACUUGGCCAUCUGCCAUCAGCGUGUCUGCCUCCCUUCCCCCUCCUCACCCCCACCCACUCUGCCUGUAGCAGGAAUAUGUUCUCUCCUACAUGUGUGCUUAUACUGAGUCAUUAUUUCAGUGAUUUAAUUUAGUGAUUUCAUCUGCAUCUCUGGGUGCUGGCAGCUCCUGCAGGAGUCUAACAGUAACACCCUCCCCAACUGAAGAUGUCUAAUAAUGGAGUGGAAACAGAAGACAAGCCACCAGCUCCUCCAAUGAGAAAUACCAGCACUAUGAUUGGAUCAGGAAGCAAAGAUGCUGGGACGUUAAACCAUGGCUCCAAACCUUUGCCUCCCAACCCAGAAGAAAAGAAAAGGAAGGACCGAUUCUACCGCUCUAUUUUACCAGGAGAUAAAACCAACAAAAAGAAAGAGAAAGAGCGGCCAGAGAUCUCCCUCCCUUCAGACUUUGAACACACCAUUCAUGUGGGGUUUGAUGCAGUCACGGGAGAAUUCACAGGAAUGCCAGAGCAAUGGGCACGUUUGCUGCAGACUUCCAACAUCACCAAGUCGGAGCAGAAGAAGAACCCCCAGGCGGUGCUGGAUGUGUUGGAGUUUUACAACUCCAAGAAGAUCUCCAACAGCCAGAAGUACAUGAGUUUCACUGAUAAAUCAACGGAGGAUUACAACUCAUCAAAUACAUUGAAUGUGAAGGCUGUCUCUGAGACCCCUGCAGUACCCUCAGUAUCUGAAGAUGAAGAUGAUGAAGAUGAUGCAGCUCCACCCCCUGUGAUAGCUCCUCGACCUGAACACACAAAAUCUAUAUACACUCGCUCUGUGAUAGACCCCCUUCCUCCUCCUACCAGAGACGUGGCCACCUCUCCUAUUUCUUCUCCCGCGGAAAACAGCACCAUGGCGUCUGACAUGCUGGUCAGGAACACAGAGAAACAAAAGAAAAAGCCAAAAAUGUCAGAUGAAGAGAUCUUGGAAAAAUUAAGAAGUAUUGUGAGUGUGGGUGAUCCAAAAAAGAAGUACACGUGUUUUGAGAAGAUUGGACAAGGAGCCUCAGGUACAGUUUACACAGCAAUGGAUGUAGCUACAGGACAGGAGGUUGCCAUCAAACAGAUGAAUUUGCAGCAGCAGCCCAAAAAAGAACUGAUUAUUAAUGAAAUCCUUGUGAUGAGGGAAAACAAAAACCCCAAUAUUGUCAACUACUUGGACAGUUACCUUGUAGGAGAAGAGCUCUGGGUGGUCAUGGAGUACUUGGCAGGAGGCUCCCUGACAGAUGUGGUGACAGAGACCUGCAUGGAUGAAGGACAGAUUGCAGCUGUGUGCCGAGAGUGUCUCCAAGCUCUAGAAUUCCUCCAUUCAAACCAAGUUAUUCACAGAGACAUCAAGAGUGACAACAUCCUGCUGGGAAUGGAUGGCUCUGUCAAACUAACUGACUUUGGCUUCUGUGCCCAGAUCACCCCCGAGCAGAGCAAACGCAGCACCAUGGUGGGGACCCCGUACUGGAUGGCGCCUGAAGUGGUGACGCGGAAAGCGUACGGACCCAAAGUGGAUAUCUGGUCGCUGGGGAUAAUGGCCAUUGAGAUGAUUGAAGGAGAGCCUCCCUACCUCAAUGAGAACCCCCUGAGAGCCCUGUAUCUCAUUGCUACAAACGGGACCCCAGAGCUACAGAAUCCAGAAAAGCUUUCACCUAUAUUCCGAGACUUCUUAAAUCGCUGUCUUGAAAUGGAUGUGGAAAAAAGAGGCUCUGCAAAAGAGCUGCUCCAGCACCAAUUCCUGAAAAUUGCAAAGCCUCUAUCUAGUCUCACUCCUCUGAUUAUUGCAGCUAAAGAGGCAGCCAAGAACAACCAUUAAAGCAGUGGAGUCGACACAGUCAUCGGGUCAAGACUUUUAGACGUUCAUGUUAGAGACUGAAUUACCUGCCCCUGUCCCCUUCUGCUCCUUCCUCACAGGGGUGUUCUUAAAACUGUGAUCUGCCCUGAAGGGUGGCAGAGG